UCGUUUCGUGAUCAUAAUUUACAUGGCGGCCUGUUGGAAAUUGUAUUUGGCACAGAAGCAGACAGGUGGCUGUGGUGGGCCGUCAAUUUUUUAUUCCCUUAUCAAUACAGAAUUUGAAAACUGUGAUUAAAUGAAGGAUUUUUUUAUUUUCCAUCUCUCUUCUACGGAGGCAAUUCAAUAUUGUUAUGUUAUAAACAUACAAACCGGCUUAUAACUUGGUUGAAUUUAGUGUUUCCAUUCGAUCAACCAUGGAGAGAGGUGAUUCAAUUCAGAGCCAUGAGAGUGAUGUGCUGGAGCCACUUGUAGCCAAGGAGGAAACAGUUAUAUUUGGGGAUGAGCAGGAUGAAGUGAAGUGUAGUGGAGCUCUAGUAUGGGAGGAAAUAAAGAAACAAUGCUGGAUAGCAGGGCCUAUGUCGUCUAUGAAUUUUUUACAGUUUGGCUUGGAGGUGAUAUCUGUUAUGUUGGUAGGGCAUUUAGGGGAGCUUGCUCUCUCUAGUGCAUCUAUUGCUACUUCUUUCGCAAAUUUCUCUGGCAUCAGUGUGAUGAUGGGAAUGGGCAGUACAUUGGAAACACUAUGUGGACAGGCCUAUGGGGCAAAGCAAUACCAUCAGCUUGGGAUUCAUGUGCAGAGAGCAUUUUUUGCUCUUUUUUGUGUCAGCCUACCGAUUGCUGUGAUGUGGGCAUACAUGAGCAACAUUCUAAUUGCAUUUGGGCAGGACCCUUUGAUAUCCUUUGAGGCAGGGAAAUAUGCCAGAUGGAUGAUUCCCAGUCUGUUUGGUUAUGCAGCUCUUCAACCCCUUGUAAGAUUUCUCCAGUCACAAAGCAUUGUCUUUCCCAUGAUGCUAUGCUCUGCAAUUACUUUGUGUGUCCAUGUUCCCAUGUGCUGGGUUCUGGUAUUUAAAAGUGGAUUAGGAAAUAAAGGGGCUGCCUUGGCAAACAGCAUUUCGUACUGGGUCAACGCAAUACUUCUUUUACUAUAUAUUAAAAUUUCACCUGCAUGCAAGAGGACAUGGACACCCUUUACAUGGGAGGCUUUGCAUGAUAUUACACAUUUUCUCAAGCUUGCCAUUCCAUCUGCAUUCAUGAUCUGCUUGCAGUGGUGGUCCUUUGAAAUACUUAUUCUCUUGUCAGGUCUGUUGCCCAAUCCAAAACUUGAGACAUCAGUUCUUUCAAUCUGCCUUAACACUUCUUCUCUAGCAUAUAUGAUUCCCUUUGGUUUUAGUGCUGCUGUAAGUACACGAGUUUCAAAUGAACUGGGGGCUGGACACUCACAUGCUGCCCGCUUAGCAGUGUAUGUAGUGUUAUUUAUAGCAAUCACAGAGGCAGUCAUGAUAGUAUGUCUUUUAUUCUCUAUACGAAAUGUUUGGGGCUAUGCUUACAGCAAUGAAAAAGAGGUCAUUGAUUAUCUUGCAAGCAUGAUCCCAUUGCUAGCAGCCUCUUCCUUUUUGGAUGGACUCCAAUGCAUUCUUUCAGGCAUUGCUAGAGGAUGUGGGUGGCAAAAAGUGGGUGCUUAUGUUAAUCUUGGGGCAUACUACAUGGUUGGCAUUCCUAUAGCUUUCUUUUUGGCCUUUGUACUGCAUAUUGGUGGCAGGGGACUCUGGCUCGGAAUUAUCUGUGGCCUUUCUGUACAAUCAAUUUUACUAUUCCUAGUAACAACAUGUACAGGCUGGGAACAAGAAGCAAGGAAUGCAAGAGACAGAGUAUAUGCAUCAUCAUUACCCGUAGCUACUGAUGAUAUAGUAAAGGAUGAUAACAAUUAAUGAACCUGAUGCUGAUAAAUUCUGUAACCUCAAGCUCUUGAACGAACAAAGUUGAUUUUUGGCUGGCUUCAGCUCUAAAAUAUGUCAUAAUGGCAGAAGUGGCGUUAUAAAACUGAAAAAGUGGAUGAAAUUUUGAACAAUGUUGUUAUACAAUAGCUUACAAAGGCAAAACUAGUUUACAAGGAAAAUUCAGAUAAUACCUUCCUAAAAGGAAUUUGAAAUUUCUUUAGGGUUUUGGUGUUAUGGAAAUGGGCAAAUCGUGGUAUGUUUUGAGCUGCCAAAUACUUUUGUAAAAGAGGUAAUCUAUGUGGAGCAGGGUAAUGAGCGGAAUGCUUCAAAAUAAACAUCUGCAUGUGAACAAUAAUAUAACAAAAUUCAAACAAUUCUGCAAAAAGCCUUCUGUAAGUACUAAUGUAAUAUAUUACAUAGGCUGUCAAUUGCUCUUCUAGAAGAGGUAUACUAUGCAGAACAGGGUAAAACAUUGACUGUUUCAAAAGGAAGAUCCAAUAAUAGAACAGACAUUAAUUUGUAAAAUCAUUACCAUCUAUCUUAC